GCGCUAACCACGGCCCCUCAGCGAGAGCGAGAAGACAGUUAUAGAUACCGGAGGAUCGAGAUGGACGGAGUGGGGGGCGCGACGCCGAUGCAGCAGCUGCAGCUGCAGCAGGCGCAAAUACAGCGGGAGCAGGCUCGCAUCAACGACUUCUGGAACGAAGUCGAGACGGAGAUGACGCAGAUAGACCCAGAGAAGGAGGACUUCAAGAACCACGAACUGCCCCUGGCCCGCAUCAAGAAGAUCAUGCGGCUGGAAGAUGACAUCGCCGAGGCGGGGGCUCCGCGGUUCAUGAUUGCGGCAGAAGCGCCGAUUAUCAUCGCUAAAGCCUGCGAGAUCUUCAUACUUGAGAUGGCCAUGCGGGCCAACUCUCUGACGGCGGAGAACAAACGACGUACACUGCAGCGCAACGACAUAGCGAUGGCCGUCUCCAAGACCGAUACGUACGAUUUCCUGAUCGACAUUGUGCCAAGAGAAGAGCUCAAGAAGGACGACGUCGGCCACGCGACGGCGAUUGAUCAGGAUGCCCAACUACAGAUGCAUCUCAUGGCCAUGCAGCACUCGCUCGGUCAGCACAUGCAAAACACCCUCCUGCAAGAGCAGCAGCAGCAGCAGCAGCAGCAGCAGCAGCAACUGCAACAGCAGCAGGCAGCGGGACCUAGUGCGGAGGGCAACGGGGCUGCCGGUGCAACUCCGGAAGCUUUGGCAGCACAGGCGGCUCUGCAGCAACAGGCGCUGAUGCAGGCUGAUCCGCAGAUGGCCAUGCAGUUGCAGGUCCUCUGGCAGCAGCAGGCGCAGCAAGCCAUGUUUCUCCAGCAGCAGCAGCAGCAGCAGCAGCAGCAGCAGCAGCAGCAGCAACAGGGCGUGGCUGCUGCCGGGCAGGGGGAAGCCGAUAUCGAACAGGCGAACGCGAUAGCAGCCAUGCAAAGCGCCAUGAUGUCAAAUCCGGCGAUGCUUCAGGUCUGA